CCUUCUCUCUUGUCCAAUUUGUCGUGCUCAGCUCGCCACUCUCACAGCCUCCUCGGCGUCCUCGCAUUCCCAACAGUACGGCAAUCAACCAGCCGCCUCUCUCUCUCUCUCUCUCUCUCUUCAAUGUCAAAUGCCCUCUCUCACAUGCCUUCUGCUCUGCCUCCUCUCACAAACCCUAACUUAUUUUACUUCCUAAUUUCCCAAAAUGCCUUCACACUUCCUCUCUAAUUCCCCUUCUACCCCUACCACCAAAACCUCUGACCUCCAAAACGACACCGCCGUUUCCCUCACCUCAACCUCCUCAUCCUCCUCCUCCUCUACUGCUCCAGACAUGUGGUCUUACCUUUGGAUCCCUUUCUUAAUGUCACUCUCUAAAGAGCUAACCCUAGCUCGAGCAGCAACAGCUACAACUUCUUCUCCUUCGAUUCUCCCCCCGAGUCAACUCGCCGAUGAUGACUCGCCUUCCGUGCCUAGGUGUUCAGCCCCGGACAUCAAGUUGAAUUACCGGCCGGUGAUUGGAAUUUUGAGUCAUCCAGGCGACGGUGCCUCUGGAAGGUUGAACAACGAGACGAACGCUUCGUAUAUUGCGGCGUCGUACGUUAAGUUUGUUGAAUCGGCUGGUGCCAGGGUUAUUUCCUUGAUUUAUAACGAGCCACGAGAGAUUCUUUUUGAGAAGCUCAAUCUGGUAAAUGGAGUGCUCUUUACAGGAGGUUGGGCUAAAACUGGUUUAUACUUUGACACCGUGAAGGCAAUUUUCAAGGAAAUUUUAGCAAAGAAUGAUGCAGGCUUCCAUUUCCCAGUGUAUGCCAUCUGCUUAGGCUUUGAAAUCCUGACAAUGAUCAUUAGUGAGGACAAUCAAAUUCUGGAAACAUUUAAUGGAGCAGAUCAGGCUUCUACUCUUCAAUUUAUGAAUAACAUAAAUAUCAAAGGAACUGUAUUUCGGAGAUUUCCUCCAGAUUUGCUUAAAAGAUUGAGUACAGAUUGCCUAGUUAUGCAAAACCAUCACUAUGGCAUCUCACCACAACGGUUUCAGGAGAGUGAACAUCUAUCUAGUUUCUUGGAGAUCUUGACUACUAGUACAGAUGAAGAUAACCAGGUCUAUGUCUCCACUGUUCAAGCUUGCGGCUAUCCUGUGACUGCCUUCCAAUGGCAUCCUGAGAAAAAUGCUUUUGAAUGGGGUUUAUCAAUGAUUCCACACUCAGAGGAUGCCAUUCAAGUUACCCAACACAUUGCAAACUUCUUUGUCAGUGAGGCUAGGAAGUCCUUGAACAGGCCAUCUUCUCGGAAGGUACUCGCCAAUUUAAUCUACAAUUACAGCCCCACAUAUUGCGGGAAAGCUGGGAAGGGAUAUGAUGAGGUUUACAUCUUCGCAGAGCAAAAGGCACCAAAGUAUACGAGCACAAACGCACCAGAGAACGCCUCACAAACAAACCAAAGAACACGUUCACUGUUCCAGAUCCACCUCGCAAACACCACCGUGCAACCAUUCCAUCUCCCUACCCAGAACCAUCAAUGUUUUGUUCUGCUUCUCGGUGGUAUUCUAGAGCGAUGUGAGGCUGCCUGGUGAUCUGCUUGCGUGUUCCUUUGUUGGCGCGGGGUGAGGUUUCUUUGUUGGUGCGGCUCGGCUGUGGGUGUUUUGGUGGCUCUGUGUGCGGCUUUAACAUCUUUGAGCUUUCUUCUUUGUACACCGGUGGCUCUUCUCAUGAGGAAGAGUGUCUGCGUUAGCUGAGCUGGAUCCGGGGCCUGUAAUUUUUUAAUAAUGUUGGGUGUUGCGGGGUUUAGGGCCUCUGUUUUUGCAGCUCGGCUGUGGGUGUUUUGGUGGCUCUGUGUGCGGCUUUAACAUCUUCGAGCUUUCUUCUCUGUACACCGGUGGCUCUUCUCAUGAGGAAGAGUAUCUGCGUUAGCCGAGCUGGGUCUAGCAUGGUUGUUGCAGGGCCCAAAACUAGAAUGUUUCAUCCCCUGGAAAGGGCUUCAAGUCAGACAUUCACAGGGCCGAAUCCAUAGUCAGUUCCCUUGCAUUUGCUUCGGUAUUUCAGAAAGCGACUCGACUUUAUAGCUGAAAGCCUAACAAGAGUGCUUGGAAGCCAUGGCAGUAGGAAUAAUUUCCAAUUACUCAGACAAAUUAUUGAUGUAUAGAUCUCUGUGGCUCCACUAGAGAAGACAACGAGUUCCAUUGAUACGGUUGCUAUAUGUAGUUGGACUAUUUUGCAUCCAUUCAUGGAGCAAACAAGGCAUGUUUCAUAUAUAUAUAGAUGCAUUGCAAAGAUAUGGAAAUUAACAGGAUUACAGCUCUAUGCCAUUAUUGGUUCAUAGCCUUCUUCUCUCCCCUUCUUCAGUCGAUGACGCAGGCCAAGAGCAACUACUGCCAGUCCUAACAGAGCUACUAUUGCUAAAGCAGAUGCGGAUACUUUCAUCUUCUCAUGUAUCUGCAAGAACCAAGAAACAUUCAAAUUUCAUAAAAUACUAACGGUAACCUUUAAAAAUCGAACUAGAACUUACAUGAAUCGGAGAAUGCAAGAAAUUCGUGGGAUUUGGUGUUCGCUCAGCAACCAAAACGUAGAAAAUCCCCAUAACUCCCGUGUGCUUUUGAGUACUGCUGUAGUAAGAUUCAAGAACUAGAUUCUCCCCAGCUGUUAUCUGGAUAGAGCCUGGUUCAGGAUAACAGGUGGACAUCCCUACUACGUAACCUGCCUCAUCCCCUGCAUCCUUUCCUUCUCCAUAAAUUGGUUCUGAAGCACAUAUAACACGUCCUUCCUGAGGAAGCAGUCCAAGUAAGCCCGAGUGAAGAAAAUGGCCUCGACAACAAUUUCAGGCUGUCAUAUAUUUAUGGUUCUAUGCUGAUGGGCAACUCCGUAGAUGACAUAACCACUGAUCGGCAUGGUCAGGCUUGUGCUUUGGACAUGAAUGCAUCCAUCAGAAACUGCAUUGGCGCUGCCGCAAGGCUCAACAUCAUACUCAACCUGCAGAAAAUAGUGAUUUGACUAAGUAACAAAAACAUGACACUGUUGAAGAUUAAUUUGAAGAUAAUAAAUUUGUAAUUACUAGCAUCAAUCACAAACUAAUUCGCUCUCAGUGCAAUUCACUUGGGUGUCUGAGCUGUAGGGUGAGGGCUCAAAAAUGGUUUUAUAUUAAUUCUCUAUGAGUGAAUACUGAUUCAAGCACGCUAUAA